AUGGAGGAAUUGCCUUUCAAAUACUUGGGAGUGCCAUUAUCAACUAAGAAAAUGUCAGUUAUGCAAUGGUAUCCAUUUAUUGAUAGAAUACUGGCAAGAAUCAACUCAUGGACAACUAGGAAACUAUCUUAUGCUAGGAGAGCUCAACUAGUACAGACAGUGCUAUUUGGUGUUCAAUCUUAUUGGGCACAAUUAUUCAUCUUUCCAACUAAGAUAAUCAAGUUGAUUGAGAGUUUGUGUAGAAGCUAUUUAUGGUCAGGAGUUCGAUAUGUUACUAAGAAUGCUCUAAUAUCAUGGGAGAAAGUUUGCAGGCCUAAAAGUGAUGGUGGCAUGGGGUUGAUAAACAUGCAAAAGAGAGAUCAAGCCAGCUGGAUGAUCAGGAAAAUUAUGAAUGAUAAACACAUAGUUGAUCAGUGUCAACCAAGGCAAGGUAAAGGGGUGAUCAAGCACAUUUAUGAAUAUCUUAGAGGGGAGAAGAUCAAUCCUGAAUGGAGGUGUUUAAUAUUUAAAAAUGCAGCCAGACCAAAAGCUAUUUUUACUCUAUGGAUUUUGUUGAAUAGGAAUCUAGAAACAGUGGAUAGGCUUACUAAAUGGGGAAUGACCCUUGAUAGAGCUUGUGUAUUGUGCAAAAGCGCAAAUGAGAGUAUGGAGCAUUUGUUCAUCCAGUGUCAUUAUGCUGGAGAAGUAUGGGAAAGGCUAUUAAGGUGGAUCAAUGUACACAACAACAGGACAAAGACUUGGACACAAUUUCUUCAAUUGUGUGUUAAAAAUGGGAAAGGGAAGACUGUUAGAGCACAAAUAUUCAAGGGGAUACUUGCUGAAGGAGUGUAUGGACUGUGGAAUGAAAGAAAUAAGAGAGUUUUUGAAGAAAAAGUAGUUUGA